UUUUAAUUACAGCUGUUGAAACUGACAGUUUAAACCUAAACGGGACGCUGCCUGCAGCAAAGAGAACUGGGCUCAUUUUGGUUGGAAACUGCAGAUCCGGUCCAAAGAUGAGUUCUACGAAUCAGGAAAAAUGUUACGACCCUAAAGACACCACGCUAAAAUUUGUCAAAAGGCCUGAUGAUCUGGAUCCGCUGCCCACAGAUGAUGAAGAUAAGUGUCUGCGCGCGGAGAUGUCCUGCGGUCACGCGGUCACCCCGGAGUCUCUCACUGGGUGGUGUCGCAGUCUGCUGGAUCAGGGCCAGUACAAGUUCAAAUGUCCCGCUUUAAAGGAGGGAACUCUGGUGAGGUGUGAUGCUGUCUGGUCUUACAAAGAGGUGCGGCGUCUGGCGGUCCUGACAGCUGAAGAGAUGCAGCACUUUGAGGAGACUAUGGCUCAUAUAGCUGCCGCUGAGUUCUGUGACUUCAAAGCUUGUCCUGGUUGUAAGACCUAUGUUGAGAGGGAGGACCUGACGAAUCUCUGUGUGCAGUGCACAGUGUGCAAGUCUGACAAGAAGGUGGCGUUUCAUUUCUGCUGGCAGUGUUUUAAGCCAUGGAAAGGAAAGGCGCCCCGCUCUGAUCGUUGUGGCAACGAUGGCUGCAUCAACCAAGAUCUGGAGCUUCUCAGGAUCUGCAAAACAACCAAACUCUUUCAUGUGAAAGGGGUGGGGGCUUGCCCCUCCAUCCGGGCCUGUCCCACCUGUGGUCAGAAAGUGGAGCACGACAGGACUGGCUGCAAGAACGUCAUCUGUAAUCGCUGCCAGGUGGAGUUCUGCUUCUUGUGCUUGAAGAAGACUGCAGAUUGUCUGAAGACAAGCUCCCACUUUAAACCAUGCAGUGAAAAAGUGGCUCCCAGACAAACCUCCAUCCCUGUGUGGCACCGAAGCUGAACUGAUUCUAAAAAUGUUGCCUUUACAUUAAAAUGGAUUUGAAAAAUA